CUUUCUGAAUAGGAAUGGAGAAGAGGGGCUAAGCAAGAAUGAUUCUGUCUCCUGGCCGUUGAUAGUUUCCAGAGAGGAAAUAACGUAGUAUAACAUGUAGCUUAUGUUUGAAUCAGCUUUUUAAAAAAUACUGGAAUUUUAUUUAUUUAUUUUUGGUAGACACAAGGUUUCCCCAUGUUGUCCAGGCUGGUCUCGGACACCUGAAUCAAGCAAUCUGCCCGCCCCGCCGGGUGUGGCGCAUGAGGGCGCGGGCCGCCCAAGGACGGGGAGUGGGGCCGCGAGUGCUGUGCCCCGCGCGCCCGAGCGGCUCCUCCUCCCGGCCUGCUCCCUGGGCGGAGCCGGGGCAGUGCUGCUCUGGGCUGGCCAAAGGGGUGAGGCUGCGAUCCCGCAGGGCAGCGACGCGACUCUGGUGUGGGCUGUCUUCUUCCCCCGGAGCUGGGCGUGCGCGGCCGCCAUGAACUGGGAGCUGCUGCUCUGGCUGCUGGUGCUGUGCGCGCUGCUCCUGCUCGUGGUGCAGCUGCUGCGCUUCCUGAGGGCUGACGGCGACCUGACGCUACUAUGGGCCGAGUGGCAGGGACGACGCCCAGAAUGGGAGCUGACUGAUAUGGUGGUGUGGGUGACUGGAGCCUCGAGUGGAAUUGGUGAGGAGCUGGCUUACCAGUUGUCUAAACUAGGAGUUUCUCUUGUGCUGUCAGCCAGAAGAGUGCAUGAGCUGGAAAGGGUGAAAAGAAGAUGCCUGGAGAAUGGCAAUUUAAAAGAAAAAGAUAUACUUGUUUUGCCCCUUGACCUGACCGACACUGGUUCCCAUGAAGCGGCUACCAAAGCUGUUCUCCAGGAGUUUGGUAGAAUCGACAUUCUGGUCAACAAUGGUGGAAUGUCCCAGCGUUCUUUGUGCGUGGAUACCAGCUUGGAUGUCUACAGAAAGCUAAUAGAGCUUAACUACUUAGGGACGGUGUCCUUGACAAAAUGUGUUCUGCCUCACAUGAUCGAGAGGAAGCAAGGAAAGAUUGUUACUGUGAAUAGCAUCCUGGGUAUCGUAUCUGUACCUCUUUCCAUUGGAUACUGUGCUAGCAAGCAUGCUCUCCGGGGUUUUUUUAAUGGCCUUCGAACAGAACUUGCCACAUACCCAGGUAUAAUAGUUUCUAACAUUUGCCCAGGACCUGUGCAAUCAAAUAUUGUGGAGAAUUCCCUAGCUGGAGAAGUCACAAAGACCAUAGGCAAUAAUGGAGACCAGUCCCACAAGAUGACAACCAGUCGUUGUGUGCGGCUGAUGUUAAUCAGCAUGGCCAAUGAUUUGAAAGAAGUUUGGAUCUCAGAACAACCUUUCUUGUUAGUAACAUAUUUGUGGCAAUACAUGCCAACCUGGGCCUGGUGGAUAACCAGCAAGAUGGGGAAGAAAAGGAUUGAGAACUUUAAGAGUGGUGUGGAUGCAGACUCUUCUUAUUUUAAAAUCUUUAAGACAAAACAUGACUGAAAAGAGCACCUGUACUUUUCAAGCCACUAGAGGGAGAAAUGGAAAACAUGAAAACAGCAAUCUUUUUAUGCUUCUGAAUAAUCAGACUAAUUUGUGAUUUUACUUUUUAAUAGAUAUGACUUUGCUUCCAACAUGGAAUGAAAUAAAAAAUGAAUAAUAAAAGAUUGCCAUGAAUCUUGCAAAAAA